GUCUCGCUGCCGAGCACCCCCAACCCCGUCGCUGGUCUUCUUCCUCCUCGCGCGAGCGCCGCCAAUACCCAUCCACUGCCAAGCGCCCCAGCCCCCUCGCUCCGUCGCUCGUCUUCCUCCUCGGGCAAGCGCCGCCACCAGGUUGAUCUCUCCUUCGAUUCUCUCGCUCCCGGCCGUUUAUCCUCCCAUCACCUCGCGAAUGGAUUCCGGCCUUUAGGCCCCCGUUUCAUCUCCUUAAUCUCCCCCAAUUCGUAACUGAGGCAAAAAUCAAGGUAGGGCGGCCGCCCUACCUUUCCCUACUGGCUCCUCCGCCCGUGGUGCCGGCACCGGCACCGGCACCGGCAACGGACUAUGUGGACGAGGGUGCCAUUGCGGUCACCACCUACCGUGAGGCACGCUGCAGUGGUGCCAAGAAGUCGUCCUCUGCUCUGCUGCCUUUGUCCGCGGCGGUGGCACCGACGCCAGCAUUGGGCCAGGUGCUCGAAGACUACGUGAAAGAGGGCACAUUCUCUGUCACUGCCUGCCCUGAAUCACAGCGCAGCAGCGGGAAGAAGUCCUCUUUGUCUGAGCCUCCUUCUUCCAUGGCAGCAAUUGCGCCGACAUCCGGUCGGACGCUUGAGGAUCAUGCAAAGGAGUGGGCGGCGCGGAAGGUAGCUUCAGGUGCUGCCCUGCACCAUUGUGUGUUGCCAUUCCUCACUGGUGCGCCCAAAGCGGUUGAAUGUCGUUUGUGCAAUAAGAUUAUCUAUCCAUUGGAAGAAAUAAAAUGUUCGGUUAGCCGUUGUGAACAAAUGUUCCAUCUGACCUGUGCGGUGGAAAAUGCUACAAAUCUAACCACAGAAAGCUUCAAGUGCCCUCAACAUGGCUGCAUGGUUUGUAAGCAAAAGACGUUUUUUUGGCGCUGUGGACGUUGUACAGUUGCAGCACAUACAAAAUGUGCACCGUGGCCGCUAAUUCAUCUAAAAGAUGACCAAGGAAGUGCAAUUUGCUGGAGACACCCUUCUAAUUGGCUCCUUCAAAAUGAGAAUGCUGACCUGACAAACAACAUAGAGGAAGUCUUCUGUCGGCUACCUCUGCCAUAUGUCAAUGAAGAAUUCAAUAUUGAUUCAACCAUUAGGGACUUCACGGCAAUUGUUUGCAAACCACCCUCAUAUAUACAUAUCAGGCGCAAUGUAUAUUUAGUAAAGAAGAAACGAGCCGAUUCAAGUGCGGAGACUGGGUGCACAAAUUGCAGAGCAGAUUCUGUUUGCAAAGAUGAUUGUGAAUGCAGGGGUCUUUCUAUGAGUUGUUCCAAGAGUUGCCACUGCUCAGAUCUAUGUACCAACAAGCCAUUCCGCAAGGAUAAGAAAAUUAAAAUUGUCAAGUCAGAAGGCUGUGGAUGGGGUGCUAUUGCAUUGGAGCCGUUGGAGAAAUGUGAUUUUAUUAUCGAGUAUGUUGGUGAAGUCAUUGAUGAUGCAACAUGUGAGCAGCGGCUUUGGGAGAUGAAACGGCGUGGUGACAAAAAUUUCUACAUGUGUGAAAUCAGCAAAGAUUAUACAAUAGAUGCAACAUUUAAAGGAAAUACUUCACGUUUUCUAAACCAUAGUUGUGAUCCAAACUGUAAACUAGAAAAAUGGCAAGUUGAUGGUGAGACAAGAGUCGGUGUUUUUGCCUCUCGUUUCAUCGAAGUUGGAGAGCCCUUAACUUAUGAUUACAGGUUUGUGCAUUUUGGGGAGAAGGUCAAGUGCCACUGCGGUGCAAAGAGUUGCCAAGGAUAUUUGGGCAGCCAGCUAAAGAAUCCAACGCAGGAUGCUCUUGCAGCUGCAAGCCAGUUGCUCACGCAAGGCAGCUUCUCCCCUUCAAGACUUAAACCAGAGACUCACUUGUUACCCUGGACCAACUGUAUAGAGGUUCCUUUCAAUUUGAGGAGCAAAACGAAAAUAGACCGGCUAUGCUGGGGACGCAAACGGCAGAGGACGUCCCUCGUAGACCCUUCUGCAGGAAGCAUGCAGACAUCGGAUAUUGAAGCUGCUGCAUCCGUGACUGAACUGUCGAGAGGCGGAGCCGCGGGCUCAUGAUGUAUAAUAAAUAUAUCGUGGCACAUUAUUAGUACAUUGAAAAACUAUUCUUUAACAGUUGCUCAAUCCCGAGCACUUUUUUUUUUGGCUGUUGUAGCAUGUAACAUUGUUCACUUGGCAAUUUAUAAUUGAAAUUGGUUAGAAUGCUCUAUCUAUUGUAAC